UCUUAUAUUUACUUUUCUUUCUCUCUCCUAUCAUUCUUUGUUUGCACCUAACUACGUACUAUCGUCACUUUCAAUUCAAAUUCUUGUGUGUGUGUGUGUGUGUGUGUGUGUGUGUUGCUUUGAAUGCCAGAGGCCGCAGCGAGUGUCCUUGAGGGAGAUCAUCGGAACAGUGACAGCGAGGCUGGAGCGUGACUAGGGUGUAGGUGUACCGUUGCAUGUUGGUGUGGUGUACCCGCGUCGGGCGUGUGGUAGUGAUGCCAGGUGCCCGUGACAGCCGUUUAACAUGUUAUCACUAACGCGGUGAUGAUCAUAGUACUGUUGUUUAGUUGUGGUGCCAAGGUCAUACAGGCGCUGCGCUGCCAGACGUGCUCUUCCCGUUCACGCCUCAGCGACAUGUAUAGGCUGCGUGGUGCGGGAGUAGACGUGGCUCAGAUAGGGGUGACAGCGAGGGCGUGUGUUAUCUGAGACGGGCGUUACUCCAGUCACUGGAUUGUAAGGACCCGUACGGUUUUUCUGUGGCGAGACGCUGCCGGGCCGCGGCUUGACAACUGGGUUGCAGCAAGUGACCCAUCACCCACUAGUAGACAGUCAGCUUGAUCCACCUCACUGAUCAGUAGCGCCAGUGUUACCAUGGCUGCUCUACACCUGACGAAGUGGCUGACGCGCCGCGUGUUGGGGGUAGGGGUGUGUGGCAGACGGUACAGUGUGCCCGCGGGCCCUGCUGGAAGCUACGAUGAGUUGCACCGCCGCUCCCUGGCCGAGCCUGAACAGUUUUGGGACGAGGUGGGCCGGGUGGUGGAGUGGUACAAGCCCUACGAGCGUGUCCUGGAUGACUCGCGGCAGCCCUUCACGCAGUGGUACUCUGGUGGCCUGCUCAACACGUGUCACAAUGCCGUGGACCGGCAUGUGGCGGCAGGGCGCGGCGAUCAACUGGCGGUGAUCCACGAUUCCCCCAUCACAGGCAGCCUCUCCUCCCUCACUUUCUCGCAGCUGCAGGAGGCCACGGCGCGCUUGGCGGGCGGCCUAGCUCGCCUGGGCGUGACGAGCGGUGACACGGUGCUCAUUUACAUGCCCAUGGUAGCCGAGGCCGUGGUGGCUAUGUUGGCCGUGACACGUCUAGGGGCCGCCCACUCCCUCGUGUUCGGGGGGUUCGCCGCCCCCGAGCUGGCUACCCGUAUCUCGCACUUGCAGCCCCGCGUGGUGCUGGCUGCCUCGUGCGGCGUGGAGCCCUCCAGACACGUGGAGUACAAGCCCAUCCUGGACCAGGCCAUCGAGCUGUCCACGCACAAGCCUCAACACUGCGUGCUGCUGCAACGCGACGGACUCCCUCAGGCCACGCUCACGCCGGGCCGCGACCACGACUGGCAGGAGCUGGUGGCCACCUCCCCCCCGCACGAUGCCGUACCCGUGCCCUCGGACCACCCCUGCUAUAUACUCUAUACCUCGGGCACCACAGGCCAGCCCAAGGGUGUGGUGCGGCCCACGGGCGGGCACGCUGCCGUGCUGACGUGGACCAUGAAGGCCAUCUAUGGCAUAGACACCGGCGAGGUAUGGUGGGCAGCCUCUGACCUAGGCUGGAUCGUGGGACACUCGUACAUCUGCUACGCGCCCCUGCUGGCGGGCGUCACCACCGUGGUGUACGAGGGUAAGCCUGUGGGCACGCCGGACCCAGGACAGUUCUUCCGUGUGGUGGCGCAGCACGGCGUAUCUGGCAUGUUCACAGCGCCCACUGCCCUGCGCUCCAUCCUGCAGAAGGAUCCCGACGGCGCCUACUCCCGCGCCCACGACAUCUCUAGCCUGCGCAAUCUCUUUGUGGCCGGGGAGCCGCUGGAUCACGAGACGAGGGUGUGGACUGAGGGAGCCUUCGGUACACCCGUGCUGGACAACUGGUGGCAGACAGAGACGGGAUUCGCCAUCACUGCGCACUGCGUGGGACUGGGCAUGUCGCUGCAGCCCCCGCGCGGCGCCUCGGGCAAAGCCUUCAUGGGAUUCGAUGUGCGGGUGCUGCGCGAGGAUGGCAGCGAGGCGGGGGUGGGUGAGCUGGGCCGCCUGGCGUGCCGUCUGCCGCUGCCGCCGGGCUGCAUGAGUACCCUGUACCGCGCCCCGGACCGCUUCACAGACACCUAUUUCACAAAGUUCCCCGGUUACUACGACACCAUGGACGCCGGCGUAGUGGACGCCCAGGGGUACGUGGGCGUGCGAGCACGGGACGAUGAUGUGAUAAACGUUGCGGGUCACCGUCUGAGCACGCUGGCCCUGGAGGAGGCCAUGCUGGUGCACCCUCGCGUGGUGAGCGCCGCCGUAGUGGGCCUGCCUGACCAGCUCAAGGGUGAGGUGCCGCUGGGACUGUUUGUGGUGGACGGCGCGAUAGGGGAGGAGGAGGGAGAUGAGGUGGGGAGGGAAGUGGUAAAGACGGUGCGUGAACAGGUUGGGCCCGUGGCGGCUUUCAGGCUAGCUGUGCCCGUGUCUGGCCUACCCAGGACACGUUCGGGCAAGACGGCCAGGAAGAGCAUCAAGGAUCUGGCCUGCGAGAAGCAAAUCAAGGUGGGGCCGACUGUGGAGAACCCUGCCGUGUACCUCGACAUCCUGGCCGCUCUCCGCCGCUACCACAUUGCCCUCAACGCCCCUGACCCGCAGAUGCCCUCAUAAUAGCCGUCCGCGCCUCUCUGCCUCGCCCCAUCCCGCCCAGCCCAGCCCAGCCCUGCCCUGCAUGCUGCCUCAGCACGUUGCUCCCGCACUAUCCCCGGCCGUGUGUGUGUGCAUGUGUGCGUGUCCUGUGCGUGUUUACGUGCGCCGUGAAGAAUCGUCCUAAGCAUUAAUAUUUCAGCCUAUAUAAUUAAGUGUGUGUGUGUGUGUGUGUGUGUGUGUGUGUGUGUGUGUGUGUAACGUUUGCAUGCCUCAGCUACCAAGAUAAGAAAAUUAUGAAAUAAAGCCAUUAUAAUUUAUACAUGUAGUUUACACUCUCUCUCUCUCUCUCUCUCUCUCUCUCUCUGCGCCUUAUCACUCAGUUCAAGGCUCCUAACAUUCAACAAACACAUGGCAUUGCGCAAGGCCAGAACUCUGUACCUGUGUUAUGAAAGCAGAGCAUAAACUCAUCUUACAUAACACACUCAGACGCACCACAGCCACCACUUCUCCCAAUGACAUUCCUCAAGUGGCCAGCCUAGUAUACUGUACUCUUGCUUUGUCAUUGUACUUUCACUGCUGUGGUUAUCUCCCGUUAGCAUCCAGGGCACCAUGAAAGAAGUUGGCGUGAACACAAAUAGAGAAUAGACUUGAUUUUGUGUUUAAUGAAACUAUAGCAGGAAAUAAAGCCUUUGCCAAAAAGAUUUAAUGAAGUUAGGACAAUUUUGUGUUAGGUUAGAUUAGGUUAGGUUAGGAUUCUCUUACUUUAUUGAGCUUGAUUGUCAGUAACGGAUGUCUUGUAAGCAGUGAGAAUAAUUUUAACCUUAUUGUCACUGCCAGAGUUGAAUGAUCAUCAAGAAAUGCCCUAUAGCCAACAGCCUUAACACAAAUGAUAGACUGAAAAAUUAACUAACUUAACCCAUAUCUCAAAAACACAUUUGUAGUGGUUAGAUAAAAAAAAAGACAUGAUUAACACCAUACAAAAGAU